CGUUGUUCAAACAGAGUAGUUGCAUGUGUCGGAGCUCCAGGAUCGUUUCGUCCUAUUUCUUCUAAAAGUUUGCCGCUUGCAUGCUUUCUCAAACCUGAACAAGGUGUGACAGGGGAUGAUUUUGUGGACAUUGGAGAGCAAGAUGUUUACCUUUUGUUCCCCAAAAACCUCAGACUGAGGAAAUCCCUAAUUUCCAUUUUAAAACUAAAGGCAAGUAAACUGUCUGUUUGAUAGCAAGCUCUGUGUUUUUUUGUGGUUUCACAGACAUACUGCUGUCAAGUCAUGGUUACAGAAUAUAUCAUAUUUAGUUUCAUGAUCUUUCCCUCAAUCAGUCUGGAGUGGAAGCAGAAGACUUCCUAAAAAAUAAGCAGGGAAGUCAGCGGCAACACCUGAACAAAAGAGAUUCAGUGCUGUUGUAAGAUCAUCCCUGGGUGCAUCACAAAUGUGGACCACUGCCUGCAAGGGAGCGGAAAUUGACUGGAACCCUGUCAUAAGCAAAGUCUGUACCUCAUAAAAUUGUUUAAAAUCAAUAUUUCUAAUCAAAUAGUUUAAUUUCUCUAUUACUUUUUUACCACAUAAAGCACAAUGAGUGCUUAAAAUUUCAAUUCACAAGGUAAAACUGUGACGCCCGCUCCGUCCGUUCCUCGUGUGUGCCACGCCCCCUAAUUACCCACGUGUGAUUUCCUGAUCGUGCCCAGUCGUGUCUUGUUUCCUGCUGCCUUGUUCCAUGUAUUUAAGUUCCUGAUUUGUACUAACCCGUUGUCUGUCAUUGAUGUCAGUCGAUGUUCGUGCCCUCGUCCUUGGAAUUAAACCCCUCGUUUGCCCUGAUUCCCGGCUGUCUGCCUGCUUUUUACCCGCCUGCCCGCACGAUCGCCGCUCUGCCCGCUAUCGCUGCCGUCUCCCGUGACAAAAACACCAAAUAAAGUGUUUUAACAGAAUAUUUCAUGUAAUUUCAAGGUCACAGCAGAGUUGCCCUGCAGCCUCGUCGGCAAAGAGCAGGAAAUUCGGGAAAAAGCCUUAAAAAUGCUCCGAAACAGGAGGGAGGACCUCCGAAGGUCAGGAAAGGUAAUACAUACUGUACAUAGGGAACCUGCAAGCAAGUUAAAAUUAUUCAAUCCCUUACAAUCAAAUUAAAUCAUGAAUGUAAUGUCCGGAAUACAGACCUAGUCAGCCAAGGCUGAAUAAUGUUCCUGUUCAUGUUCUGCUUCACUUUCCUGGCUUCUCAUGUCGUGGCAAAACUUCAUUUCUGCUGAUUCCAUUGUCUAGGAGAGAGAAGGACUUCAGCUUCACUCCAACAGUAUGUAGCUUUUCUGUAUUUAUACCUUAUCAUUGUGUAAUAUAUAUAGUAAUACGUUUCAUAAUUUAGCUUCUAAAAUAUUGUGCAAUCACCAGCCCAAUUGAUAUUUUUGCCAUCUUAAUCCUCUCAGGAUCAGUACAGUAUAUGUGCAAACAUAUUUUAUGUGUUUACAGACGUGUAAGACUGCUGAAAAAAGGUGGGAGAACAGUGGCUCUUGGAGAUGCACAGUAAUCAUCCCGCUAAAGCAGAACUACACUGUCAUCGUAUUAAAGGGGGCUGCAGGAAGCAGCAUACAGAGGAAAUGCCUUGGGCGGGAUGGUAGCCCGGAUCAGGGCUCACAUACUGGCUCACGUGUGGGCAAUGAAGAAGUAGCACUUCACGUGUACGGGAGAAAAACAGCAGCCAGAGGAAUCCUAUGCAAUCUCAGUGAGAAUAAACUCCCCAGACCCAGGACUGGGGCAGGAAUUGCAGGAUUCUCCUCUAGCAUUUAUUUUGGCAUACUGUAUUUAUUGCUAUUAUCCUUGGUACAUGUUUAUAUUUGCCAAUAAUUGAAAUUGAAAUAAACAUGAUUAUUAUUCAUCCAUCCUCGUACCACAUAUCCUGGAGACGAGGGCCUGGAGCUUAUCCCAAGUAACAUAGGACACAAUGGUAUACUUUUGGAUGGGAUGCCAGUCCAUUGCAGGGAAUGCACUCACUCACACACUGUGGGCAAUUUAGAGAUGACAGUCUAUUAUUAUUAGGAUAUGUUAGGUUGAAGAAACUGUUAUUAAUCAUUUGUUAUCAUUUCUGUAUAAUCAGGAAUGAGUGUAAAUAUGUAUAUACAUUUUUUUGUUUUCCUCUAGCCUCGUACUUUAGAUUAUAUUAAUAAUAGCAUUCCCACCUUAGCAAAACCAGAACUUUCUCUUCUUGCUCUCACCUCCCUAUUUUGCGAGACCCCUGCGCCUCCCACUGACUAUAAAUAAAGGAGCCAAGGGGAACCACCCUUUGUAGCACAUUCUGCUGAGAGUGUGGGUACCCUUGCGCAAGUAAAACUUUAAAGUGUGUUGUCUCGUAAUUCAUAGUGUGUGCAGAGUUGGGGUGGAAAGCCUGACGCUUUCUCCAACAUAUAAUUUGGAGCCUGCCGGCAGCCACUCGGAGACGGGUGCAAGAAAGACCUGAGACGUGAAUUCGUCAUCAGGCCGGUGGUUAGAACUGCGCUCGACGUCUGGUGAUGCCUGACGGACCUCGGUGACGGAACACAAGCACACGGGAUAGGUGAGACAACAAGGUUAUUCAGCGAAAUAACCGGGUCAAUUGACGUGGGUUAGGCUUAGCCGUAAUUAAGCGGGUUAGGCUUAGCCGUAAUUAAGCGGGUUAGGCUUAGCCGUAAUUAAGCGGGUUAGGCUUAGCCGUAAUUAAGCGGGUUAGGCUUAGCCGUAAUUAAGCGAAGUAUGAACGUACAUGUACUGUCUGAAUGACUGGAUUAAGACUAUUAUAGAAGCUUAGAGUUGCUUUGGUCAGUCCAUUUCUUAUUUUGCCUGGUGGGAAAGAAGUACUGGUGAUUGAGGGACCAAGGACGGGUUUCAUCCCUGAAAACCGAUACCGCUGCGCGAACAGCGUGCAGUAGAAGGCCGUAUUGGUGUCCUCCCACAUAUCUCGUACCAGUGAAUUUCCACCCAGGACCUGUGUAGUGCGGAGAAAGAAAAAAAAAUGGGAAAGAAUCAGAGUAAGAAGAUUGAAUUAGAGGGAGAUGAGAAGUUCAUGGAAGGAUAUAAACCAGGUUCAGGACAAAUAAGUAAUCGGAGGUGGAGGAAAAAACAUGGAUUUGAAGGGAAACUCCACACUCCAGAUAUCUUAAAAUUACAAGGAAAUUUAAAACUAGAAAUGUUACGAACCUUGAAGAAAGGAAAAUUGGAGAAAAGGAAAAAAGAAUAUAAGUAUUCAGAUAAUUGGUUGGAACAAAGUAAGUUAAGAGAUAUACGUAGAAAGCAGAAAAAGGAUGAUAGAAAGGAUAAAUUAACUGCAGCCGCUCUAGUCACUUUAGAUGAUGAGACGGUGGCCAAAAUAAAACAUAGAGAAAAUAGACCACCAACACCACCACUAUUGCCUGCCCCCAUGCAACCCGUAGAUAGAAGGGAAAUAAAACAACCAUCAGCUACGGGCACAAUACCAAAGAAGCCAUCAGCUCUUCCUUCUUCCCCCAUUAUAACUAGGAGUAGAGAUCCUACGUUAUACCCUGUGCGCGAUCUAGCUACUGCUAAGGUUCGAUGGCAUCCGCGAAAUGAAGGCAUUGAUAUUGAUAGUGAAGAGGAAGAAAUAGAAUUACAAUGCCCCCUAGUGGAGGUGGCAAACCCUAAUAGAGAGCCAGAUGGAGGACCUGAAACAAUGUUAGUCUAUAGACCAUGGACAGCUGAAGAUAGAACGGCAGCAUUAAAGGGAAUACCUCCUGUUGAUGAAGGGGUACCAGAAUUUUGGACAGCAAUAUUGGAACUACAGAGCAGUUUCCACCUGAAUGGUAGAGAAAUGUUCCAAUGUUUAAGACAGCUGUUCAAUCAUAAAUGGGGAAGAGUAGCAGGAGACUUUACUGGUCAUGGACCAGACAAUCAACCACUUGCACAUAAUUCACAAGCUCUGCAACAGAGUAUGCAGCAAUUACAUGGAAGGAUAGAGACAGUGUUUAUGAGACGAGCAGAUUAUGGCAGAAUUGCACAAUGCAAGCAAAAGGAUGGAGAAGAGCCAGAGGAUUUUAUGGACAGGAUGCGAGUGGUGUUUAGAGGGAAUUCAGGAAUUCCUCAUAAUGAGGAAAAUGGAGGAGUUUAUCAGCAACAGUUAAAACGUGCGUUCAUCACAGGGCUAAAACCUGAACUGAAGAUACACAUAGAUAAACAUUGGGUACAUCAGAAUACUGGUUCAGUACAGCAAGCCCUAGAAUAUGCCCAACACGCCCAUACAGCACAAAAACAGAAAUCAGACGCAGUGUUUGCUGCUAAUGAUACUGUUGCAAUAAUACAUAUGAAUCCUCCAGGGAGGGGAGGGUUCAGAGGAAGGUCACGAGGCCAAGGAAGGGGGAGAGGUGCUUUUAGGAGCAAUCAGCGAAAUUUAUUACAGCAAGAUAACACUUGCUGGACAUGCGGAAAACUUGGGCACUUAGCUAGGCAAUGUAGAACCAAGUUUAUAAACAACCCAAAUUCCACAGAGAAUCAAUGACAAUUAGCCUGUGAACUAUCAAAAGAGCCAGAUAAGCUGCAAAAACAGGAUGAGACAGAAGAGAUAGAUUUGCAAGCAGUUUGCCAACUGCUAGCACUAAAACAACUUGAAGAACUACCAAAACGAAGGCUUAUUAUAAAUGGGAAAAUAUAUGAGUGCCUAUGUGAUACCGGAGCCUGUAGAACAGUGUUAACCACUAGCCCUCCAAGGGUCACCUUUUCUUCGUCCUCCAUAAAUAUACGAACUGCAGGAGGCCAAGCUGAAAGUCAUCAAUUGACAAAUCCAGUUAGCAUAAAAGAUGAGGAAACAGAGUUAGAAUGUCACGCCCAAGUGCUAAUAAGCCCUUCAUGUCCAGUCAAUCUGUUAGGAAGGGAUCUUAUGAUACAAAUGGGUAUUAGUGUGAUUGCAACACCCACUGGCAUGAAGGCUAUAGUACAAAAGCAAACUUUCGUGAUACAUGGCAUGUCAGCUCCACAGUAUUAUUGGUCCCUAGAUCUGGGGGGGACAGCACAGACACGUGAAAUAUUGAGAAAAACUAGAGAAAAGCAGUCCCCUAAACAAACCCAGUUCAUGCCUGGCGAUGCCUUACACGUCACUAUGUGGUACAAAGGCACCCCAGGACCAGAUUAUGCCUAUGACAAAACGUUUCAUGCCCUUCAAGACACUUGUAUCACCUUACAACAUAUAUAUGUUAACUCCACUACUGGCUUUUCUGCUGCUUCAGUCAUCUUAUCUAAUAAACAACAGGCUGUGUUCAGAGGGGGAACACCACACGUAUCUCUAUCAAAACCACCUCAGAUGCAGUGGAGGGACGUAGAGAUGUUCUUACGAGAUUCCAUGCACAGUUUCAAUGAUUACCAACCCGUACCUGGCUCCUUUUGGAGCUAUGACAAAAAACACAAUGUGUGGCGGUUUCCUUUGGGAUGGAGAGUUCAAACCACUCUCACCACACACUUGCAGGACCCAACCUGACAAAUUUUUCCAACCCUGGAGGAGGGAUCAUGUCCAGAUCUAGAUCGCCUCCCGGAAGGGUUGUGGUCGUCCUCCCCCGCUGAUGUAGGACUGGUAAAGGGGUUUCCACCUUACAAAGUAAUCGUGAAAUCAGAACACCGUCCGGUAGUUAGACAAUACCCGUUAAAACCUGAAGUAGAGAAAGGUAUAGCCCCUGUAGUGCAGGAUAUGUUGGCAUCAGGAAUAUUGCGAGAGGCUCCUGAGGCCACUUGCAAUACUCCUAUCUUCCCCGUCCAGAAGGGACAUACAGGGAAAUGGCGCAUGGUGCAGGAUUUAAGACCAGUAAAUGAAAUAGUACAACAUGCUGCACCAGAUGUGCCUAAUCCACACCUUUUGUUAAAUUCCUUGUCCCCUGACAAGAAGUAUUUUUCAGUAGUGGAUCUGAGUAAUGCUUUUUUCUCAGUACCACUACAUCCUGAUUCACAACACUUAUUUGGUUUCACUUAUAAAGGACAUAAAUACACAUACACUAGACUCCCUCAAGGGUUUUCAGAAAGUCCACAUGUAUAUACAAUGGCACUACGGUAUUCAAUGAGUUCCUGUAAAGUACCGUCCCAUAGUCAAGUGCUAUUGUAUGUAGAUGAUAUAUUAAUUGCUUCAGAUACAAAACAGCAUUGCAAAGAAGCCACACUGUUAGUGUUACAGCAUUUGUAUGAUACAGGACAUAAAGCAUCAAAACAAAAAUUACAGUAUUGCAGAGAGGAAGUUAUAUAUCUUGGACAUAAACUCUCCCAACAAGGUCGAUCGUUAUUAGAAACUAGAAAACAGGGAAUACAAGAGGCACCAAAGCCAAAGACUAAACAGCAAAUGAUGUCCUUCUUAGGACUUUGCAAUUAUUGCAGGGAAUGGCUACCUGAUUAUUCUGCACUCGUUCAACCUUUACAAACCCUGAUUUAUGGGAAGGACAUGGCACUGAAAGAUAAAAUUCAGUGGACAAAAGGAGAAUUGGCAUUCACAAACUUAAAAAUGAUGUUACAAACUAAUGUGACACUUGCUCUGCCAGAUUAUCAACAACCAUUUACCCUAUGUGUUGAUGCAAAUCAAGGGUAUAUGAAGGCAGUAUUAACACAGCCAUUCGGCGCAAAAGAGAGGCCAUUAGCGUUCUAUUCUAAACGAUUAGAUGCAGUGGCAGCUGGUUUUCCGCAGUGUUUGCAGGCAUGUGCAGCUGCUGCAGAAGCAGUGAAAUUAUCAGCAGAAUUAGUGUUGUGUCACCCACUCACUUUGAAGGUGCCACAUUCAGUUUCUUUAGUUUUACUGCAGACGCCACUGCCAUUCCUCACACAUGUUAGACAUCUGACCCUAGUCUCACUCCUGCUUUCACAGUCAAACAUUACUAUACAGCGAUGUGGUCCUCUCAACCCUAGCACCCUUCUUCCGACAGCGGAAGAUGGAGAGCCACAUUCGUGCAAAGCAGUUGUGGAAGAACAAACCAAACCAAGAGCAGAUAUUUUACAGACCCCAAUACCAGAUUCAACAGUUGUUUUUGUAGAUGGAUCAGCAUCAAAAAAUGACAUGGGGAAGAACAAGGUCGGAUAUGCUGUAGUUACAUCUACUGAAGUGUUAGAGGCCAAUGCACUCCCCCCUGCUUGUUCAGCACAAGCGGCUGAACUCUAUGCUGUAAUUAGGGCAUUCGAGCUCUUCAAAAACAAGCCACUUACAAUAUACACUGAUAGUCAAUAUGUGUUUGGAGCUGUUCAUCACCAUGCAAGAGUGUGGAAAAAUAGAGGAUUCAAGACAUCGCAAGGAACAUCUUUAACUCAUACGAACUUAUUACUCAGGUUGUUAGAUGUUGUGCAAUUACCAAAUUGCCUUGCGAUAUGCAAAUGUAAGGCACACCAAACUGAUGCUUCCGCAAUAGCUAAAGGAAACAGUUUUGCGGACAUGACGGCAAAAAGUGCUGCACAAAAACAACCUGCCUUAAAUGUUACAGAUGUCUUGUUGAUAGAUAGUGAUGUACUAUGUGAUGCACAGACUCAUGCACCUAAAACAGAAAUACAGAGCUGGAUUAAGAGAGGAGCAAUACAGCAAGGGAAAACUUAUUAUAUGAAUGACAAGCCCAUCCUACCAAAAAAUUUAUACAAGACAGCUGCCUUAGUGAGCCAUGGAAACACCCAUGUCUCAACAGGAGGGAUGGUACAUAUUAUUCAACAAUACUUUUAUACUAUAAAUUUUUCUGAUUAUGCAAAACAAUUUUGUCGAGCGUGCUUAAUUUGCUGUAAACACAAUGCACAAGGCAACAUAAGGCCAAAACGUGGCCAGUUUCCCGCAGCUGAGUAUCCAUUUCAAAUUGUACAUAUGGAUUUCAUUGAAUUAUCUUGGUCACAAGGGAAGAAGUACUGUCUAGUCAUUAUAGACACCUUUUCUAAGUGGGUAGAAAUAUACCCUGUAAAACACUGUGAUGCAAUGACCGUUGCAAAAUGUUUGGUAGGCCAUUAUUUCCCUACCUAUGGCAUACCUCAUAUUAUAAGAUCGGGCAAUGGGACUCAUUUUGUGAAUCAAACCAUGUCCCUUUGCUCACAAGCACUCGGGUUUACGAUAAAAAAUCAUUGCGCUUAUCACCCCCAGAGCGCAGGCUUAGUGGAAAGGACCAACGGCACCAUUAAAACAAGACUCAGAAAGACAGUGGAAGAGACAAAAAGACCGUGGCCAGAAUGUUUGUCUCUAGUAAAAUUAUGGAUGAGAAUAACUCCCACUCCUGCAGGAUUGACACCAUUUGAAAUAGUGUAUGGUAGACCGUUUCCCUUAGCAACCGAAAUGAGUGAUAUAGGAAAAGCAGACAGAGAAAAUACGUUAGCCGAUUGGAUGCGUAAGCUAUUAUCAUCGCAACAAAAACAUAAUCCCAGUAGUCUGCCAGUAAAUUCUGUUUCUGUUCAACAGGAUAAUCUGCAGCCAGGAGAUUGGAUCCUGGUCAAGGUCCUGUUGCGAAAGGAUUGGAGCACGCCUCGGUGGGACGGACCUUAUCAAGUCCUCCUCACAACACCAACAGCGGUGAAGAUAGCAGAGCGACCUUCCUGGAUACAUAAGAGUCACUGUAAGCCCAUCAAGCCCGUAUCAGAGACCUCUGUACCUUCGGAGUAGCAGUGGAAGUCCGCUACAAAGGCGCAGCAAUCAAUAGGAUACUGACGUCUCAACCCGGUGAAGAAAACAGCUGAUCUGCACUCCAUUUAGAAUGGCUCUGAUUGGGUGGGGAUGUGGUAAGGUAACUCUCGGUGUAAUUCUCUUUAUGGGAAUUGUUGGUCUGCUUCUGCACUCACCAGAGCAGGUGUUUCGCCCACCUAGAUGGACACAUGACGGCUCCCACCUGAGACCUAUCUCCACAAAUGAGACCCAUCCUUUCCCAUCCUUACAAAAUUACUGGUAUCGUUAUGUUUAUGAUUCAGCAAAGAAAGACAAUUUAACUAACUGUUAUGUCUGUACACAUAUGUCCCUGGAUCCCCAUGCCAGUCCCUCAUGGUUGGACUGGUUUCUUACUGGGUCCUGGUGGCAGUUACUGCUAAAGUUCUCACUCCCCAUUCUUGUUACAUUAUUAUUUGUAUGUUGUUUCAUUUGUAUUAUACCCUGCCUCCGUUCCAUGAUACAACAUACUUUUAGUUCUGUUUUUCUGCUAUACACUGCAGAAGAACAAAUGGAUUUACUAACCUUGUCUAGCCCUCUUAAUAAUAAUGAUGAUGUGAUCUGAAUGACGGUUGUGCUGAAAGUGUUUUUGCAAUUUGUACAAUACUGAUGCUUCUGAUCAUACUGUCAUGAUAAAGAGGAGGGACUGUUAGGUUGAAGAAACUGUUAUUAAUCAUUUGUUAUCAUUUCUGUAUAAUCAGCAAUGAGUGUAAAUAUGUAUAUACAUUAUUUUGUUUUUCUUUACCUUCAUAAUUUAGAUUAUAUUAGUUUACACGUAUCCUGAGCACGUGUUUAAAUAGUUGUCCACCUGAGGAAAACCAGAACUUCUUCUUACUCUCACAGUCCUUUCUUUGUUCUCACUCCAAGACCCCUGCCCCCCAUUGACUAUAAAUAAAGGUGCCAAGGGGAACCACCCUUUGUAACACAUUCCUUUGUAGCCUAGCAUGCAGAGAGUGUGGUUACCCUUGUGCAAGUAAAACUCUAA